UCCGUCAUGAGACUUAUAUUUUAGAACUGAGCCUCCCAGUUUAUUUCGUGGUAGAGGCGAGCAUCCGAAGCAGGGGAUGGUGAAGAGGAGAAUAGUACCAGAGGAUGUGAUAAUCAACUGUUCUAAGGAUUCCGAGAUCCCAGCUCCUCCCAAGGGUAGAAAGUGGAAGAAGGUUCAGCACGAUAACUCUGUUACUUGGCUUGCAUCCUGGACUGAGAACAUUCAGGGUCAGAUAAAGUACAUCAUGUUGAACCCGUCCUCAAAGUUGAAGGGGGAGAAGGAUUGGCAGAAGUAUGAGAAGGCCAGGAAGCUAAAGGACAAGAUUGACCAGAUACGAGACGAUUACAUGCAGGAUCUGAAAAGUAAGGAGAUGAGAGUCAGGCAGAGAGCUGUAGCACUCUACUUCAUCGAUAAACUGGCGCUAAGAGCUGGUAAUGAGAAGGACGAGGAUCAAGCAGAUACUGUUGGUUGCUGUUCUCUCAGGUUCGAGCAUAUAGAACUACAUGACGAGUUGGACGGGAAGGAAUAUGUUGUCGAGUUUGAUUUCCUCGGAAAGGAUUCCAUCAGGUACCAGAACUCUGUAGCUGUUGAGAAGAGGGUUUACAAAAACCUGAAACUGUUCAUGGAGAAUAAAAAGUCCGGAGAUGAUAUAUUCGACCGGUUGAACACUUCUAUUCUCAAUCAGUAUCUCAACACUCUGAUGGAUGGUCUCACGGCAAAGGUUUUCCGUACUUACAACGCUAGCUUUACUCUACAGCAGCAAUUGGAUGAGCUAACACAGGACGAGGAUCCAAUACAGGCUAAACUUCUCAGUUACAACCGAGCCAAUCGUGCCGUUGCUGUCCUGUGUAACCAUCAGCGUGCGGUCCCCAAAACCCAUGAUAAAUCUAUGGAAAAUAUCAACGUCAAGAUCGAGGCUAAGCAAGACGCAAUCAAGGCUGCGCAGAAGGAGCUGAAAUCCGCGAAGAAGAAUUACAAGAGCGGUGGAUCCGGCGACAAGGGUCUGGUAGAUAAGAAGAAGAAGAACCUGGAAAGAUUGCUCGAACAGUUGGAGAAACUCGAGAUACAGAAAACUGAUAGAGAUGAGAACAAGAGUAUUGCUCUGGGUACAUCCAAGCUGAACUACUUGGAUCCUCGUAUAUCUGUCGCCUGGUGCAAGAAGCAUGAAGUUCCUCUGGAGAAGGUUUACAAUAAAACCCAGAGAGAGAAAUUCCGUUGGGCCAUCGACAUGGCAGAUGCAGAUUAUACAUUCUAAAUAUGUAUUAUCAGAUGCAGACUGGUAUUAUGCCAGACUAGCUUUUUUAGGACAUAAUUCGUAGAACGCCGACGCACGACUUGUACGAAACAUUUAAAAAAACGUUUACACAAAUUUGCUUUUGUCCCUGGACUAAACCAUCAACUGUGUUCAUAGUGUUGCAGAUAUGGAAAGCUCUGCUAGUUAAUUAAGUCUAUUAAAUCAAUUCACUGUGUUAUGUAAUUAUUACAUUUGAACCCUACACAAUCUUGUUUCAUGUUUGUGUCCCCUUCGUGCAUUCUUGGGUUCACUUUUCUUAUCAAUAUUUUUUUCUUUCUAGUUCUUACAUAACAUAAAUAUUCUACACGUUAGUUAUACAAUCUUAUAUCUUUGGCUGGACUGCUAGGCUUAUUUGAGGAUCCUGAAUCGGUCAGAUUUUUUUCUUAUUUUUUACAGUAUGCAUCACACUGACUGCUUGAAAGAGCACAGUUCAGUUGUGAAAUCGCUAUUUAUUAAUUGUAAUUAGAAUGUAUGGUGCCAAUUUGCGAAUUAUUCUGAUCUUGGCUUUGUUUAUUUUUAUAAAAAUUUGAAAAUGUAAAGUGAUCUGAAUGUUAUUUUU